AUGAGUAGGCCUACGUUCAGUAGCUUUUUGAAAGCGACCACGCUGAGAUUGCUCCGCGAGCGGCCGCUUCUGUGUGCAGCUGGCCUGGUGAUCGGGACGGGUUCGGCAGUCUACUUUUAUAACAAAUAUUACGGCGUCGGUGAGGAUGAACCGGUCACCUUGGAGAUCGUGGACCGUGUUGUCACGGUUGAAGAGGAUCAUGAUCCCACCCUGGACCAGGAGGACCCAGUCCUUGUUCAGUAUGUGGAUGAGGAGGUUCAGCAGCAGCCCGGUCUGACUUUAAUCUCUUGGUCUGGACCUCAGUGGGUUUCAAGCGCCCCUGUCAAACUGCAGCCAACAUAUUACCUUACCCAUGCUGGGAACACGCUGGUGAGAGAGCUGUCAGUAUUAAAUACACAGAUUUUCAUGAUGGAGCAGCCGAUUUUCAUCUGUUUCACUCCUGUAGGGAGGAUGGUGUGGGAGGAACUGACUUCUCAAACUGAACAGCCAAAUAGUGAAGACUCUGGUUUUCCCUUUGAGAAGAUGCAGCUGGUUGGGAACUGGGGUUCGUUUCAUUUCCAUACCUGGAUAAUCCGUUAUGGACGAGUGCAGCAAAACGAAGAGGACAUGCAUCACCUGUGCAUUGUGAGGGGAGUGGAGAAACAACUGUGGUGGAGCAGAGUCAUUCAGGAAAAAAUCCUGGACCCAUGGGGUAAUGUCCAGGUGGUCCUCACCAACAAGGAGGUGACUGGUAUUAAGUUCCUUGGUAGAAGGAUCCAUGGACUCAGGUCUUGCCUCGUCAAGAGGAGGUCAGAGUUCACCUAUUAUGAGGACGCCCAGCAGGUGGAUAUCUCCACCACAGUGGAGGGGUUCCAGGAGAGGGGGGAUGACAUGAUGACCUAUCAGUUCUCUACCUCUGACAUUAUCACCACCCCUCAUGAGCCGUCCUCUGGCUCCUCUCAGCAGUUCCCCCAGGAUUCUCCACCUCCCCUCCGCCUCCCCCGUUCCCUUCCCUCCACCUUACCACUUCACCCAGGACCAGACCCCUGA